AGUUGUGUGCUUAGAGUGACAUGCUAUUAGGCCAGCGCACAAAACAAGGGAAUUUUGUUUUUAGAGUUUCCCGUCAGAGCAGGUGGAUCCACAACACUGGAUAAACUUUGUAAGCUACAAGCAAAACGUGAUCUUUUACAAUGUCGAACAGAGUCGAAGCAAUAUCUAAACAUCUCGAGUCAUCAUGCUGCAAAUCUGCUACAGGACCAGGUUACAGGUCUCCAAUAGAUGCAAUGAAAGCGCCCAAGGAGAAACUGCUUUACAUACCAUGUAUUUAUCGCAAUACACCAAUUUCCCAGCCAGACUAUCUAGCUACUAUUGAUAUGGAUGAAAGCUCGCCCACAUUCUGUCAGGUCAUAGAUCGUUUAGAUCUUCCAAAUAUGAACGAUGAGAUCCACCACACGGGUUGGAACUCUUGCAGCAGUUGCUUUCAUGAUCCUUCGAAGAAACGACGUCUGUUUAUCCUGCCAGGAUUGGUGUCCAGCAGAUUGUACGCAGUAGAUGUGGAUACUGACCCAAAGAAACCAAGAAUUGAGAAGGUAGUCGAACCGACCGAAAUAUUCCACCGCACAGGAUUGGCGAACCCUCAUACUGUACAUUGUAUUCCUGGUGGUCAGAUUAUGAUAAGUACCAUUGGUGACCCAUCUGGUAACGGAAAAGGCGGAUUUCUUAUCCUUGAUUCUGAAACCUUUGAACUAAUUGGAAACUGGGAAGCACCUGGACACAAUACGCCGUUCGGGUACGAUUUCUGGUACCAGCCUCGUCAUAAUGUAAUGAUAAGCACGGAAUGGGGACAUCCUAAGAAACUACUGAAGGAGUUUAACCCUGAUGAUGCAGCAGCAGGACAUUAUGGGCACUGUUUACACGUAUGGGACUGGGAAAAACAUGAACUGAUUCAGGAUAUAGAUUUGGGGCCAAAUGGAAUGAUUCCGUUGGAGAUACGGUUUUUGCAUGACCCGUCAGCAACUGAAGGAUUCGUCGGCUGUGCACUAAGCAGUACAGUGUUCAGGUUCUUUAAAACCAAGAAAGGAGAUUGGGACGCUGAACAAGUUAUUGCGAUUCCACCUAAAAAGGUGGAGGGGUGGGCUUUGCCGGACAUGCCCGGUCUUAUAACUGACAUUAUACUUUCAAUGGACGACCGUUUCUUGUAUUUUUCUAACUGGCUGCACGGGGAUAUUCGCCAAUACGAUGUUACGGAUACAAAGAACCCAAAAUUGGUUGGCCAGAUUUUCUUGGGCGGAAGCAUUUGUACUGAUGGAGGCGUUAAGGUAACCAAAGACACCGAGCUAAAGUCACAGCCUGCCCCUGCGUUUAUUGGCGGGAAGAAAAUACAAGGAGGCCCCCAGAUGUUACAAUUAAGUUUGGACGGGAAACGACUUUAUGUUACCUCUUCUCUGUACAGUGGAUGGGAUAAGCAAUUUUACCCGGACAUGAUGAACUCUGGGUCACAUCUGCUACAAAUCGACGUAAACACUGAAACUGGGGGAUUGAGCUUGAACAGAAACGUAUUCGUUGACUUUGGAAACGAACCAAAAGGGCCAGUUCUCGCUCACGAGAUACGUUACCCUGGAGGCGACUGCACGUCUGAUAUCUGGAUCUAAAGCUAAAUCCAAACUUCAAUUAAAAUUUAAAUCUCGUUUUUUAAUAACUUUAACGUUUUCAGUAGGUUGGGGUAAAAUGGCUCAAGUUUCAUUCGUUUGGUCGUCCCAUUUGGUUGAAAUUGUAUAGUAUUUACAAAGUCAUAUAACCGUAUUCUCACGACUUUAAAAUGGUGUUAUUAUAAUUGUUAAAAUAAACAAAUAUGAAAUAUGGGAUAUUAUGUGCUAACGGUGUUAUCCAUCUUACCCCACAGUACUUUAAUCUCGUUUAACUAUAACGUUACAAAUUGUGUACAUAUCUAAUUCAGUGCUGUAACUUUUUCAUCUAAUAAUUCGAGCGUUCUGGUUUCGUUUUGUUUGCUAUUUGAGUGCCAACUAAACUAUGCUGCAAUUGUAAAACGCAUUCUCUGCGAAUGUUGCUGAAUAAAAUCAUCUGUAUAAAUGAACAUUAA